AAGGAGGAGGGGUGUGAGAGGAGUGGUCUGGCUUCACCGUCCUGCCAGUGCCCGUGGGGGAGGGGCGCCAAGAUGCUGAGGCUGGGCCACACUGCGCCCGGGGCCUGGGGCGGCUUCUGGGCCGUCCUGACCUUGGUGGGCCUGGCCGCUCGGGCAGCCCAGAGAGCCGGCGUGGGGGGCGAGGCCGCGGGCACCUCCAUCAACCACUCGCAGGCGCUGCUGCAGCGGCUGCAGGAGCUCCUGCGCCAGGGCAACGCCAGCGACGUGGUGCUGCGGGUGCAGGCGGCCGGCACCGACGAGGUCCGCGUCUUCCACGCCCACCGCCUGCUGCUGGGCCUGCACAGCGCGCGGUUCCGGGAGCUGCUGAGCAACCAGAGCGAGGUGCUGCUGCAGGAGCCGGGGGACUGCGCCGCCGUCUUCGACAAGUUCAUCAGGUACCUCUACUGCGGCGAGCUGGCGGUGCUGCUGGCCCAGGCCAUCCCCCUGCACAGACUGGCCGCCAAGUACGGCGUGGCCGCCCUGCAGCGCGGUGUGGCCGACUACAUGCGCGCGCACCUGGCGGGCGGCGCGGGCCCGGCGGUGGGCUGGUACCACUACGCGCUGAGCACCGGCGAGGAGGCGCUGCGCCAGAGCUGCCUGCAGUUCCUGGCCUGGAACCUGUCGGCGGUGGCGGCGAGCGCCGAGUGGGGCGCCGUGAGCCCCGAGCUGCUGGCGCAGCUGCUGGCGCGCUCGGACCUGGUGCUGCAGGACGAGCUGGAGCUGUUCCGCGCGCUGGAGGCCUGGCUGGGCCGCGCGCGGCCGCCCCCCGACGUGGCCGAGCGGGCGCUGCGCGCCAUCCGCUACCCGAUGAUCCCGCCGGCGCAGCUCUUCCAGCUGCAGGCGCGCUCGGCAGCCCUGGCGCGCCACGGCCCCGCGGUGGCCGACCUGCUGCUGCAGGCCUACCAGUUCCACGCCGCCUCGCCGCUGCACUUCGCCAAGUUCUUCGACGUCAAUGGCAGCGCCUUUCUGCCCCGCAACUACCUGGCGCCCGCCUGGGGCGCCCCGUGGGUCAUCCCCAACCCGGCCCGCGACGACCGCAGCACCAGCUUCCAGACGCAGCUGGGCCCCAGCGGCCACGACGCGGGCCGCCGCGUCACGUGGAACGUGCUCUUCUCGCCGCGCUGGCUGCCCGUGAGCCUGCGGCCCGUCUACGCCGACGGCCCGGGCGCCGCGCUGCCCGCCGCGCGCCCCGAGGACGGCCGGCCGCGGCUCGUGGUCACGCCGGCCAGCAGCGGCGGCGACGCGGCGGGCGUGAGCUUCCAGAAGACGGUGCUGGUCGGGGCGCGCCUGCACGGCCGCCUGCUGGUGCGCCACGCCUACAGCUUCCACCGCAGCAGCGAGGAGGCGGGCGACUUCCUGGCGCAGGCCGACCUGCAGCGGCGCAACUCCGAGUUCCUGGUGGAGAACGCGCUGCACCUGCACCUCAUCGUCAAGCCCGUCUACCACCCCCUCAUCCGCACCCCCGAGUAGCCGGGCGGCGGGGCCCGGAGCCUGGGGGCUGGGCCAUAAAGGCCUGGCCUGGAUGGGGCCGGAGGGACCGGCAGGGGCUUUGCGAGAGGUGGUGCGUCCACCGCCCCCUGGGUAACCAGGUGCCCGUGGCGUCAGGGGGAGCCCAGGUGAGGGGCGGUAGACCAGAUGCCUGGUUUCACAAGCUGACUCCGCAGCUGACUUGAAGAUGAUGCUUUGGUUGAAUAAACAGAUGCUC